GUGCUGCCUUGCUUACCUACUCGUACCCAGCACCUUGCAAACGAACGAACGAAUGAGCGACCAAUUGGGAUGGGACCACCAACAACCACCCACCCAACCAACCAACCAACUAAACAAGCCCGCAUUGAACUUACUCGCUCCGGCCCGCUCCUCGGAACGAGCCCGCCUUCGAGACCACCUAACCAACACAAGGAACAGCCCAAGGCACAACCGAGAUCUCACACAGACACACACUUUCUCUUUCUGUGUGCCGACCUCGCUCUCCCUCCCUCUCACACGGCCCACAUACCACACAACACACUCACCGGGAUCCCGGCACGCACUCACCCACAGCACCCACACACUCACACGCAUCCAGCCAAAAAGCCCACGCACCCGCCCACACAAAACGCGUCGUCAUCACGCGUCCGUGCCGCGGAUCCACGCCUCGCGCCGCGCAGCCAGGCCCGCCAGGAUGCAGGCGGCAGGCGCCAUCUGGGCUUCUGGAAGCCUGCACCCUGCGGGCGCCAAGCACGCAACGGCCAUUGCCCAGCCACGCCUAGCACGUCUGGCCCUUGGGGCGGGCUUGGCUGGGGUGCGUGCGUGCGAGCGUGCGUGUGUGUGCGUGGAUGUGGAUGUGGACGGCAGACAGACAGACAGGCAGGCAGGCAGGCAGAAAGGCGGUGAUUGCCUUGGUAGCAAGACAGACGGCAAUUUCCGGUGCCUGCGCCGUGCGGCAAAGACAUGGGUGCGUGUGGAUGGAUGUGGGACAUGAGAUUGAGAGUAGUUAGUGCUGGGCGAAUGUGAUAAGCUGCUGGGCCGCUGGGGCCAGGACAUGUAGUUAAGGCGAGCCGCGAG